AUGCGCGUGGCAGUGAUUUGUGAUCACAUUGUUGCAAUUAACACCGCAAAUGACACUCUUCUUCAUCAUGUUACCAACUUGAACACUUGGAUCACCGACGCCGAGAAAAUCCGUGCUGCGGCUGAGCAAAAGGCCAAAGAAGCCUACGACAAGUUGAAGGUUAAUGAGGCUUUGGACAAAAAUGUUAAGUUAAUUGUGGGGGCUAAAGACAAAAUUAACGAAGUUCAUGGGAAUCUGGGAAAGGUUCAUGGAACUUUGGGAGAGUGGAAUAAGCAGGCCAGCACAGUGCUUGAAGAGGCGAUUAGGCAGGCGGAGGAUGUGUAUUACAAGUUGGAUGAGAAGAGUACAAAGGAGGUAAUUGGUCUGAAACUUGGUGAAAUUGAGACUGCUAAAGGAAAAAUUGAGCAAGGGAAUUCAGAACUUAAAAAUGAAGUUGACAAUUUAGGUCAGUGGAAGACUGCGGCCGGUGAAGUUAUUGACAAGGCCAACGGGAAGUGUGAGGAGAUACUUAAGAAAGUUGGAAAAGAUAAACCUGAAGGUAAAAUUUUCCUGCAAGCUGAAGAGUUGAAAAAGAAAGGUAUUGAGCUUUUUACUGCAGCUCAGAGUGCUAAGAGCCUUGUUGAGCAGAAAGUCACUAAGGCGUUGGAGGCUGUUGUGGAAAUGGAUGCAUCGCUUAAGAAGGAUUUGAAGAGUGUGAAGGAGGAGAUUAAGAGAGGGAUUAAAGAGGUUAUUACGGAGUUGGAAGUUGAGAAAUUGGAUGAGAAAGUGAGAGAUGAUUUGACAACGUUGAAGGAGAAUAUUGAAAAGCUCACCGAAGAUGAUAAUGCUACUAAGAGUCUGGUAAAUGGGCAGUUGGAGGUGCUGAAAAGAGAGAAGAGUACGUUGGAUUUGACUACUAGCAAGGAACAUGGUUCAAUUCAGCGAGCGGUGAAUGGCCUUGACAGUAAUUUUGAUAAUCAUAUCCAAACUCCGCUUAGCCAGAAAGUCGGUGAAGUUGACAAGGCGAUUGAGGGGCUUGGCGGGACGUUUGAUGGGCUCAGCGGGGAAAAUGCAAAAAAGUUGGAAAAGAUUCUCGAUCAUAUUAAAGGGGAAGUUGAAAAGAUUAAGGGGCAGGCGGGAGAAAAUAAUUGGCAUAACUCCGGUGGCUCCGGCCUCGAGGGGAUUAAGAGCAAGGUGCAGGAUUAUUUCAAUGCGUUCAGCGGGAGUGGGCAGUUUGACAAAAUUGUGAAUGGUUGGUUGCAAGGCAUUUUGGGCAAGCAAGGACAGAGGGUUGUGGAGUGGUUUAAGGAGUGGACUGAUGACCAUGUCAAUGAUGUCCGGCCGACCGGAAAAAGGGUGCUGGGCAAUGAUAUCACAUUUGACAAAAUCAUCGACCAUCUUAAGAAACAGCUUCACGGCGAAGCCAAAGCAGCCGGUGGAGUGGUUGAACAAGGCAAAAGCACCGAUAACAUCACUGCGAACAUUGAGGCUGUGAAAAAAGGCUGCGAGAAAUUUGUCGAGAGCAUUGAUGAGAAACUUAAGAAGCAGCAAAUUAGUACACUUCUUCAAGCCGUGAAGAAAGAGGUUGUCGGCAAGAUUGUUAAGUUGAAAAAAGGCAAAGAUGAAGAUAUCGAUGAAGUCCUGAAAACAAUCCUUGUUGCCCUGCGCUCCACGUCCAAUCAGGUAUCCGAGGAGCUGAAUUCUGUGUUUCUCAACAUAACCGAUGACGGAGAUCCCAGCCCCGGAAGCAUCGCAUCCAUCCUGGACACUAUCACGCCGAUUGCUACUGAUCUCAAUAAUAAGCUUACCCAGGCGACUGAGAAGUCCGGGUCACCUCCCGUCUCCGGCCAACCAGAAAGCCCCGCCCAAGCCGUGGACAGUAAGUUGGGGGAAGUGAAGGAGCGAAAGAGGGCGAUGAAGGAGGAAGAUGGGUUGAGAUAA